AUGGGUGUCCAGGGCUUCCCGACUCUGAAGAUCGUCCGGCCAAAGAAGGGUGGAGGCAAGCCGAUGGUUCAGGACUAUCAAGGGCAACGGACAGCCACUGCCAUCGUCGACGCCGUCGUGCAACAGAUCAACAAUUAUGUUGUCAAGAUCGAGGACAAGUCGCUGGAUAAGUUUUUGGACGACAAGGAGGCUCCCAAGGCAAUUCUUUUCACGGAGAAGGGCACCACCUCGGCACUUUUGAAGAGCGUCGCUAUCGACUUUGCGGGCGUCAUCACCAUCGGCCAGGCACGGAACAAGGAGGCGAAGGCGGUUGAGACUUUCAGUAUCGAGAAGUUCCCGACCCUGGUCCUCCUCCCAGGUGGCGACGCUCCUGCCGUUGUCUACGACGGGGAACUGAAGAAAGAGGCGAUCGUCAAAUUCCUUUCGCAAGCCGGGCAACCGAACCCCGUCUCGCCGGUAAAGGGUAACGGCAAGAACAAGGAAAAGAAGAGCAAUGCCUCCAAGGCUAAGCCCUCGUCCUCGGAGAGUUCAUCCGCCGAGCCCGAAGCGGAGACGAAAACCGCCACGCAGGAAGCACCAGUCAUCGUCGAGACCGCGCUACCGAUUCCCGCCAUCAACACACCCGAGAAGCUGAUCAAGGAGUGCCUGACCGAGAAGUCUCACACCUGCGUGUUGGCCAUUGUCUCCUCAAGCGAGGACGAGAAAGCCAAGAAGGCGCUCAGCAGCCUCUCCGAGUUGGCCUUCAAGCACGCCCAGAGCAAGCGCAACCUGUUCCCCUUCUACGAGGUCCCCAACAGCAACGACGGCGCGGCGUCCCUGCUCAAAUCGCUCGAUCUCGUUGGCGACGUCGAGAUCAUCGCCGUCAACGCCCGCCGUGGCUGGUGGAGGCACUACGACGCGGCCGACUUCGGGCACGAGAGCGUUGAGAGUUGGAUCGAUGCCAUCCGCAUGAGCGAGGGAGUGAAGAAGAAGCUGCCCGAGGGCAUUGUUGCCAUUGCGGUGGAGGAGGCUGCGUCAGCUAACCCUGAGGCUAGCGGUGACGCGGCGCACGACUCCACCGAGUCCACCCAGGUUGCUGACCCCACUGGGGAGCCCGAGACCGCGCACGACGAGCUCUGA